AUGUUAACCGAACCUCGCCCGACCGAAUUACUUGUUUGGCUCCCUCGAUCUCCCUCCGUCCUACAGCGGCUAAAGUCCAUCAACUUCUGCAGUUAUAGAUCCGCAGAACCCACCCCACUCCCCUCUGUCGUCAAAUCGACGCCGGAAGUCAUCGAAUCGGCGUCGGAAGUCAUUGAAGCCUCGAAACCAGAGGUCUCCGUAGACAAUAUCGAGGAGGAAGAAGAAGAACGACAACAAACCAUGGACGAGGUUUAUGGGAUGAUACAGGGCCACUGCAUCAGUAGGGUGAAGUCUGACACCCGGCUGGAAUCUGGUGAAUCCCUAGUGAGGCUGCCGCAAAGGCUGAAGAAGUUGGCGAGUGCGAAGUCAGUGUUCGCACAUUUCAAGGAAAGCGACGUCGUUGAGAGCCGCCGGAUGGCCACCGUGAGGGAGGGUAAGGCUCGAGCAACGGAGCAUUAUGGGGAGGCAGACAACGGGGUCGACGCUAGGGCCGAUGAUUUCAUCAGCAGGUUAAGGCAAUAG